GUAGCAGUGAUUCAACGUCACGGCCCUCCUGGUGUCCACGUGAAGAUUAACCGUUAACUUCCCAUUACGGUUAUGGUGCCUCUAUGCCAGAGCAAAGGGCGUAAGGCCAGUGACUCUGAGGGAGAGGUGGAGGCAGUGAGUGAAUGUGGUGAAUCUCGUUUUCGCUAUUUCUCCUGCCCCUUCAGCUUAUAAGGAGUCCAGUUUAACAAAGCGGUCUGUUUAAUAUGGCAACUCCUGAACUCUACACUAAGGGAGCCUGGGUGUGGACGCCCGAUGAAGAAGAAGUGUGGGUGUCUGCCCAGCUUCAACAAGACUACCGGCCCGGAGACCAGACACUCAUACUCAGGCUCAGUGACGGACGAGAGAUGCACUACUCAGUGGCGUCUCCUGCUGGUCUCCCUCCACUGGGAAACCCUGACAUUUUGGAAGGCGAAAACGACUUGACGGCCCUCAGCUUUCUGCACGAGGCUGCGGUGCUUCACAACCUGCGCGUGCGGUUCCUCGACUACAGUAGCAUAUACACCUACUGCGGCAUUGUGCUAGUAGCACUAAACCCAUACGAGCAGCUACCCAUCUACGGAGAGGAGGUGAUGGAUGCAUACAGUGGGCAGGACAUGGCUGAUAUGGAUCCCCAUGUCUUCUCCAUAGCUGAAGAAGGCUACCGCGCCAUGAUCAGGGAGGAGAAGAACCAGUCGAUUAUCAUUAGUGGUGAGUCUGGCUCGGGGAAGACGGUGUCCGCUAAGUUCGCCAUGCGCUACUUCGCUGUGGUGGGUGGAGCAGCCCAGCAGACGCAGGUGGAGGAGAAGGUCCUUGCGUCCAGCCCCAUCAUGGAGGCUAUUGGGAACGCUAAAACCACACGCAACGAUAACAGUAGUAGGUUUGGGAAGUACGUUGAGAUUGGCUUUGGAUCUAAAGGAGAUAUAAUCGGAGCAAGCAUGAGGACAUACCUGUUGGAGAAAUCCAGAGUUGUUUUCCAGGCGCCAUACGAGCGGAACUACCACAUCUUCUACCAACUGUGUGCCUUCAAGGACUCCCCUGAAAUGAGGGCACUUAAACUCGACUCCGCAGAACACUUCCGAUACACUAACCAAGGGCUGGACAUAAAUAUUCCGGGCACAGACGAUGCCGUGGAGUUGGAGAACACCCGGAAUGCUUUGACAGUGAUGGGAGUGCAGCCUGACCAGCAGAUGGAGCUCUUUCAAAUCUUGGCGGCUGUCCUGCAUCUUGGAAACGUUAACAUCCAGGCCAGCGGCAGAGGAGGCGACCGCUGCUUCAUCAGUGCGGACGAUCUCUCGCUGGUGGUCUUCUCCAAGCUGAUGGGUGUGGAGGGCUCCCAGAUGGCCCACUGGCUGUGUCAUCAGCGGCUAACCGUGGCUGGGGAGAUACUGGUGAGGCCCAUGUCAGCGCAGCAGGCUAACGGCGCGCGGGACGCUCUGGCUAAGCAUGUCUACGGGCAGCUGUUUGCCUGGACCGUGCAGAGCCUGAACUCGGCUCUGCGAGCCCACCGAGAGCGGACCAAGACUCUCAUAGGGGUGCUGGACAUCUACGGAUUUGAGACGUUUGACAGAAACAGUUUCGAGCAGUUCUGUAUCAAUUACGCCAAUGAGAAACUUCAACAGCAGUUCAACAGGCACGUGUUCCAGCUGGAGCAGGAGGAGUAUGUGCGAGAGGAGCUGCCCUGGAGCCGCAUCGAGUUCAGUGAUAACCAGCCGUGCAUCACUCUCAUAGAAGGCCCUCUGGGUGUGUUGGACCUGCUGGACGAGGAGUGCAGAGUUCCUAAAGGCUCAGAUGAAAACUGGGCACGGAAGCUCUAUGAUCGGCACCUGGACCGAAGCCCCAAUUUCCGGAAGCCGCGCAUGUCCAACUCGGCAUUCGUGCUCUUGCACUUUGCUGACAUGGUCCAAUAUGAAUGUCUUGGGUUUUUAGAGAAGAACCGUGACACGGUAUUCGAAGAGCCCAUCAAUAUAAUGAGAGCCAGUCAGUUGGAGUUGGUCGCAGAGUUGUUCCAGCAAGAGCCGGCAGGGGGCUCCCUCUCUGCAUCCUCCGUGCGUAAUGGGCCCGUGCGCUCGGGGAAUAAAGCGCACCGUGAGCACAAACUGACUGUGGGCUUCCAGUUUCGUCAGUCCCUGCAGCUCCUGAUGGACACCCUGAACGGCACCACCCCCCACUACAUCCGCUGCAUCAAACCCAAUGACCUCAAGCAGCCUUUCACGUUUGACCCUCGAAGGGCAGUGCAGCAGUUGCGUGCCUGCGGUGUGUUGGAGACCAUCCGCAUCAGUGCUGCGGGCUACUCAUCCAGGUGGCGUUACGAGGAGUUCUUCAGCCGCUAUCGUGUUCUCCUGAGUGCUUCGGCCGCGCAGGGUGACUCGCGGGCGUCUUGCCGCCGGGCGAUCCCUGCCCUCAUCCCGGACCCCGAGCAGUACUGCUUCGGCCGGACCAAAGUGUUCCUCCGGGCCGGCCAGGUGGCCGUGCUGGAGAAGCUGAGGGCGGGAAGGCUGUGCGCGGCUGCCGUGCUCGUGCAGAGCACGGUGAGGGGCUGGCUACAGAGCCGGCGUUUCCGGCGGCUCCGUCACGCCACUCUCACUCUGCAGAGGUUCACCCGGGGAACGCUGGCCCGCAGGCUGGCCUGCAUCCUGCGCUACACCCGGGCCGCUCUGGUCAUCCAGAAGACGUACCGCAUGGCGGUGGUGCGACAGCUCUUCCUCGCCAUCCGGGAAGCUGCCGUCACUAUCCAGGCCUACGCCCGGGGCGUGCAAGCUCGCCGGGCGUGCAGACAGCUGCGGGCGGAGCAGGCGGCGGUGCGCGUGCAGGCGUGGGUGCGCGGCUGGCUGGCCCGCCGCCGGUUCUGCCGUGUCAGGGCGGCCGUGGUGCUGGCGCAGAGCUGCGUGCGCAGGCGAGCGGCCCGCCGGGAGCUGCGGAGGCUACGGGCGGAAGCGCGCUCCGUGGAGAGGUACCAGGAGCUGCACAGGGGCAUGGAGGUGAAGCUCAUGCAACUGCAGCGCCGCGCCGACCAGGAGGCCAGAGAGAGCGCGUCUCUUCGGGACGCUCUCCAGGCCGAGCAGGACUCUCACAGCCGGGAGGUGGAGAAGCUGCGCUCCGCCCUCGGCGACCUGCAGCGGCGGCUCCAGGAACAGAGCCUCGCAGCUCCUGCGCCCCCCACCCCGCAGCAGGAGGAGGAGAGGAGGCGAGACAAGGAGAGGAGCGCCCACCAGACCCUGCUCCUGGUGCAGGAGAUCGAAGCUCUGAAAGUGGAGAGAGACGCGCUGGAAAAGGAGAAGGAUGAGCUGAUCAGUCGCUUACACGAGCUGCAGAAAGCCAAAGAAGAGAGCAGGCAGCAGGCGGCGGCGCAGGACCAAGCAGCCGUUGAGGCGGAGCUAGAGGAGGAGAGGCGGAGGUACCAGACCCUGCUGAGGGACUUCACCCGCCUGGAGCAGAGAUAUGACAACCUGAAAGAUAUGAGCACACUCCCUACUGCUGAGCGGUGGCAGGGACACAGGCGCACUGACUCCACACAGAGCCUGUCCCUGGAGCCUCCCUCUCUCCUCUCCUCUGACGUGCCCUCCUCUGAGGAGGCCAGGAGGAUCAGUGUCACCUUCCCUCUCGACACAAAGCCCUGGGGCCCCGCGGCUCCUCUGAGUGCUUUAAUGGAGGACCUCGGUGUGCUAAAGGACACAGCCAAGAAGUUGCACGGAGACGACCUGCAUCAUGCCUACGAUGCUGUUCGCGUGGCCAACAAGUUCCUGGAGAGGCAGCUGUUGACUCAGAGGUCUGAAUGGGAGCAGGAGAAGGCUGAGCUCACCCUGAAGCUCCAGCAGGCCCAGGGUAGAGGCACCCCGGCUAGCAGAGAGCUGAAGGAUCUAAUGGAGCAGAUGGAGGUUGGGGAACAAGAGUGUUACAGGCUGAGGAGAGAACUGAAGGACCUGAAACACACAGUGACACUCAGAACAACUCUUUUAUAUUCAGGCCUGGCUGGCUCUCUGUCUCCUGAGCCGACGUCUCCCCUUCCCCAGCCGGGCCCUGCACAGACAGGACUGCUGGAGUGUAGGAGGAGAGAUGAGAGCAAGCUUAUCAAAAACCUCAUUACAGACGUGCGGGUGGACGUGGCGCUGGCUCUGGACCCCGGCCUGCCGGCCUACCUGCUUUUAUUGUGCCUGCAGCAGGCAGACUGCAGCAGGGAGCCGGCCCGCGUGCGCCGCCUCUGCGCUGGUGCGCUGACUGCCAUGAAAGCUGCCUUGAAGAAACACAGCAGCGACCUGGAGAUGACGGCUCUGUGGCUGAAGAACAGCUGCCUGCUCAAAGACCUGCUCACCCAGCACUCUGCAGCACAGGAGGUGGGGCGGAAUGAGGAGGUCCUUCCCCUGCAGGUGCAGCUGAAGGACCAGGUGCGGCUCCUCGGUGAUGUGUGCAUUCAGGCCUACCAGCAGCUGCUGUCCAUCACCGAGAGCCGCCUGCAGCCCGUCAUCGUUCCAGCCGUGCUGGAGAGCGAGACCAUCCCAGGCCUGGGGGGCGGCGCCACGAAGCCGGCCGGCUCCCGCAAGCGCACGGGCUCGGAGGCCCGGGCGGGGGCGGCGUCUCCGGUGGGGGCCACCAUGGCCGCCGUACUGAAGGAGCUCGGUGCGCUGCACGUAGCUCUGGAGCGGCAGGAGCUGCCCGCGGCCUUGCUGGAGCAGGCCUUCCGGCAGCUUGUCCACCAGCUGGCUGCCAGCGCCCUCAACAGCCUGAUCCUGCGCAAGGACAUGUGCUGCUGGAGCCGCGGCCUGCAGAUCCGAUAUAAUGUGAGUUUGCUGGAGGAGUGGCUGCGAAGCCGUGGCCUACAGACAGGGGGCGCUGCAGCUGCUCUGGAGCCGCUCAUCCAGGCAGCCCAGCUACUCCAAAUGAGCAAGAAGACAGAGGCAGAUGGACGAGCAGUAGUUCAGACUUGCAGUGCUCUCUCAAGCCAGCAGAUUGUGAAGAUUCUCACCCAGUACACUCCUCAGAGCGAUGUUGAGGAGCGGGUAACUCUCAACUUCAUUCGUAUCGUUCAGGGGCUGCUGAAGGGGCGCUCGGAUGGACCGCCCCCACAGCUGCUGCUGGAUGUUAGGCGGGUCUUUCCUGUUACCUUCCCUUACCUGCCGCCCCCACCGGUCAGCGUGGAGCAGCUGGACAUCCCAGACUCCCUCAAGAUCUCCUUCCUACGCAGAGUCUGAGGGAGGCCAGUCACCAG